GUAUGCUCCCGGAGGAAUAAACCCAUUGCAAGGACUCUAAGAAGAGAAUGUGUCCAUAGCAAUGGGAAAAGCCGCGCGACGGUCAGUUGCGUCAGAUCCGUCGUCGCCGACCCUACUACCACCCUACCACCACUACCAGCAUCAACCGCAGCAGCAUCACCAGCAGCAGCCACCGAGUGUACCGAGACGUUCGCGGGAAGUGCACCAACCGGAGCACUAUUAUCAUCCCUCAUCGCUCUCCUACUCGGCCUACACUGCACCAGCUUCCGGCUCACCCUCCUUCGCCUCCGCCUCCUCCUCCUCCUCCUCCUCCUCCUACUGGGCGUCUGGCUUUGGAUCGGAGUCGACGGAACCGUUGGUGUCGAGCGAGGAAGCGGCCACCAUCGACGAAGACUCGGCGACGGCAACCGCCUCGCUAGCUUCUUCGUCCACUCCCGCCGGUCCACAGCUACAGGCCCCCCGGACAGCAACACUCCAAUCAGCCUCGUUCGGUCCCUCAUCACUCGCUCCCGGCCGGAGCAGCAGUAGCCACGAACCGGCCGACCUUGGAUCCGGUGGCAGCGAACCGUUCUUCAUUCAUCCAUCCACGACCGCCACACCCCGCCACGUUACACCGGAGUUCAGCACCAACCAAACGCAGGUCGAUCGGGAGCGCGAACGGCUAAGGAUGGAGUUCUACGCGACGUACGAUGUGAUGACGGGCGUGCGGAUAGCGGCCACGCUCGGUGGCUUCUUCGGCCUAAUGGUGUUCCUCGUCAUCUACAAGAGCCGCACACGGUCGACGGCCAAAGCACUCAAGGAUCCUACGAUAGCGGCGGUGGCAGCGGCCGUCAUCCAGGAGGAGGAAGAACGCGAACUACAGGAAGCGAUCGAGGCGACGGCGUUCUCGUUGCUUCAGGAGGAACUCAACAUCAACUAUCCGGGACUGCAGCGGGAUCGGUUGCUGUCGCUCGGUAACGUCAGCGCACCGCCAAUGCUAAGCCGCGGCCGCCGAAUGUCCUCGAUCAGCGGUGGCUACAGCAGUCUGCUCAAUCCAUCGCGCCGCUUCUCGUACAGCAGUACGCGGGGUCACCGGAACAGUGUGUCGGUGUCGUCGCGGGUGCUCAGUGCCUACAACAUGGGUGGCAGCUUCGGUCAGGACGAUUACGUGCUCGAGAGCGACGGCGAGGAGGCGGACGAUGAGUUCGAUCAGUUCACGACGACGGCCGAAAUCGGUUUCCCGACCAACUACCUGUCCGUGCCGAGUAAGUGCAACGAAUCGCGGCGCAGCAGCGCAAUGACGUGCUGCAGCACCGAGAGCUCGUUCCUGGAGCGGCGCUGCUCGGCCAUCACGCUCGGCCUUUCCUCUUUACCACCGAUCUCGCGGUCCCCGUCGCGGCAGCAGAGCCGCGACGAUACGGCCGACUGGGAACCGUUCUAUCCCGGUAUCAACAUUAUCGAACCGACGCCAAAAUCAUCGCCCUGCCCGAGCGAACGCAUUGCGCACCGGACGCACGAUUACGAGCGACCGUCGACGAGCGGCAACGGUACCGGUGGCCACCAACAGCGCAGCGCGGCGGACCGGGAACGAGAACGGCGCCGGGCGGAGGAACAACUGCUGCGACCGUCGGCGACGGCCGUCGGUGCACGAUCGGCCGCUCCGUACGCUGACGCCGACAGUUCCAUCGACUGCAUCUCCGAGUAUCCGAUCGGCAGUGGUUGCCUCGAAGACGGCUUCGGGUACCGUCAGCAGCGGCCACCGUCGACCGCCCGCCAUAGCAGCCACCUCGAGGAUCUUAGCAUAGCGACGUUGCGCGAUGCUCGGUGUGGGACCGCCGGUACCGGCCAGCAUCCGUACAGCAAUAGUGCACUUAUCAUCAGUAGCAUCAGUAGCACGACGGGGCACCAGGGCACCAAUGGUGUCACCGUACCGGUACGCCGUGCACCGCUUGCCUCCCUCAGUUCCUUCCGGAUGUCGUCGGCCGACUGCCAGGAUACGGAACCGAAGAGCUGCGGUUCGGAUUCGGUGUUCGGUGACGACAGUGGUGCCGAUACGGACGAGGAUCUGCAGCAGUUCAGCACCGACAGUGACGAGCUGAGCCUCACGAUGCCCUACGAGGAAGAGGAGGAGGAAGCGGUGCAACAACAGGAGGAGAAGGCAGUUGGUGAGAAGGGUAUGCGGUCUGGCCGCAGCUCGGCCCUCUACCGGCGACAGUCGACCCUGGCGCAGGGUGAAGACGAGCUCGAGCUCGACAACGUCGCAUCGACCACAACCUUCGAGGUCGAGCAUGAUGAUCGGAGGCGGCCGCCACAUCAUCAGCAACAACAUCCUUCUGUGAUUCUCGAGCUGCCGAUACUGGCGAUCGACGAGGAUGACGAUCCGUCCUCCGCGGCCGGUUCCCUCUCGGCGAACGAUCCCUGUAUACCGGGGCCCUCGCGCAAGUGGUCCAAGGAGACACUGUUCUAG